UCUCAUCCUCCACCGCGGCUGUAGCCGUCUCCACCACUGACAGUUGUGCCACCCCUCACCUUCUCGUCCUCCGCCAUGCUGCCCGACCACUCCUAACCCCACCCUAGAUCGGAGCCUCAUUCCUCGCCCAGCCUCCCACGGCUCCUCCCCUCGAUGUCGGCCUCCAUGGCCCCUGCCCCGCCUUGCUCCAUCCACCUCCAGAACCACUACCUCUAGCUCCCCGCCGGCCACCGGAGCCCCGCUGAACCUCAUUCCGGAGCUCCCUCGUGUCUCGCAGCUCUGGAUCCAGUGAACCGAUCUGAUCAGCCACUCGUCAUCCAUCCAGGGCAUGGCCAUCAGGGUCCCCGGCCGCCCUGCCACCACUGGAUAUGCAUACCCAGCACUUGCCCAUCGAUGGAUCUAGCAGGAUCCUCCUCUGCCGACGGCGAACUACCUCAACGACGGCUCCCGUCUGGAUCAAGGAGUUCGGCAGAUGGUCAAGCAGUGCACCAUGGUCCACGGGCAUGGGAAGUGCGGCGUGUGGGUGCAUGCAGAGAAGGAGCAACAGCCAUGGAGUACUCCAGGAGCAGAUCAUGCCCAAAGGGACCACACCCAGGAGAUGGUCGUGGAUCAAACUGCUGCGCCCCGGGGCUGGUGCUUGUGAUGAGCGACGAGGAGAAGCAGGGACCUGGGAGCGCAUGGAUGAUGGAUGCGCGAAGGAUGAGCGCCUUGGACCUAGAUGAUGGAUUCGCCUGGGGCCUGGGAGCGACGGAGGAUGGACGCCUGGGAGUGCCGAGGAGAAGCGAUUUGAAAUCCUAGGAGCAAAGGGGGAAGACGACGAUGGGGAUAGCGAUUCAAAACAGGGGUAACGUUGUAAAUUCCUUCAUUUCAAAACAGGGCCUCGAAAUGUUCUCUUCAACGCCAUAUAUUUCAAAACGGUGGGAGCAGUUUCAUGCCUAUAUUGAGCACCAUUGUGUCUCGCUCCCAUCACAAUUGAAUAUUUCUCCAUUGUAUUGUUAUCGUA